AUGGGAGAAACACUCACCGAAGCAGCCGUGGAUGCAGGGGCCGUCGCCUGGGUCCUCACCUCGACCGCCUUAGUCUUCCUGAUGACGGCGGGGCUCGGAUUUUUUUAUGGUGGCCUGGUGAGGGAUACGAACAUCAUCAACACCAUGAUGAUGAGCGUGGUUUCGAUGGGCAUCGUAACGGUGACCUGGGCUGUGAUUGGCUUCUCCUUGGCCUUUGGUGACGGCGGGAAGUUCAUCGGCAACUUCGACUAUGUUCUGUUCACGAACUUGGACUUGAAGAUGUGGGACGAGUCGGGCCUCCCCGGGCUGUGCUUCGCUUGCUUCCAGAUGACCUUUGCCAUCAUAGCCAGCGCCAUCAUCUCUGGAUCUUUGGUGGAGCGCGUGCGCUUCAGCGCCUACGUGUGGAUGCUGGCGCUCUGGUCCCUCCUCGUCUAUGCCCCGCUCUGCCACUGGGUGUGGGGGCCUGGUGGGUGGAUCGCGGAGAUGGGGGCCAUGGACUUCGCAGGAGGUACCGUGGUGCAUAUCAGUUCCGGAGUCUCCGGCUACGUCGCAGGGUUCAUCAUCGGCCCACGCAGGCAUGUGGAGAAGGAUCUGGGCACCGCGAACGCACCCUUCGUCAUCCUCGGCGGAAGUCUGCUCUGGUUUGGCUGGCUUGGCUUCAAUGGCGGCUCGGCGCUCGUUGUGAAGGACGGCAUUGCGUCCCGGGCUGUGGCGACAACUCUGGUGGCGGCGGCUUCUUCCAUGUUGACCUGGCUGGGCAUUGAGCGCGCCGUUGCUGGCAAGGCCUCCAGUGUUGGCGCAUCCGUUGGUGCUGUGGCCGGCCUGGUAUGCAUUACGCCCUCCGCGGGCUUCGUCACCCCAGGCUAUUCGAUCGCCAUCGGAUUCUUAGGAGCAAUUUGGUGCUACACCUCCGUGGCAUUGGUGAACAGGGUGAACUUUGUGGACGACACGCUGGACGCCUUCGGCCUUCAUGGGUCGGGAGGCAUUGCAGGGGCGAUCCUCACAGGCAUCUUUGCCCUGGACGGCGGCCUCAUCUACACGGGCAACUUCGCGUUGCUUGGGCGGCAGAUCGCGGGCGCGGCCGCAGGUGUGGCCUACUCCGCCGCCGGGACCGCCAUCAUCUUGCAAGCUCUGAAGCUUGUGAUGAAGGUACGCGUGCCUGAAGACAUUGAGCGCAGUGGCGUGGACGAGAACACGCAUGGUGAGAGCUUCCACAGCCCAGUGAAGCGCUACAGCAACACCGGCCCGGGCUACCCUGAGUUUUCCGAGUCUGAGAGCUCCGAGGCCGCCUAA